AAUACACUGGUCAUCCAGGGACUAAGCUCAACAAUGGUCUUCAUUUACCACAACCGGGAAGAAACAGCAGCCUUUAGAAUACUUGAAUUACACACAGAAGCCCAGAAUGCGUCUCACUACAGAGGAGAAAAUCGAGCUGGGACUCAAAGCGCAGGGAUCGAUCAAUCCUGCGUUCGGGGACAAAGAUGGUGAUGAACAGCCUCAGCUGACGGUUGACAUUGAGGAGCCACAUACAGAGGACCUGGAGGAGCCUGUGGACAAAAGUGCAGAUCUGGUUUACUCCCUCAAUGACAGGCCGCCGUGGUACCUCUGCAUCCUGCUCGGCUUUCAGCAUUACAUCCUCGCGUUCGGAGGCAUCAUUGCAAUCCCGCUGAUCCUGGCAGAGCCCCUCUGCAUAAAGGACAACAACGUCGCAAAAAGCCAACUCAUCUCCACCAUAUUCUUUGUGUCAGGAAUAAGUACGCUGCUGCAAACGGCUGUCGGUACCAGGUUACCAAUCCUCCAGGGUGGGACUUUCAGUUUCAUCACUCCGACCCUGGCCAUUCUCGCUUUGCCCAAAUGGCAGUGCCCAGCCCAAGAAACACCCAUGAUGCUGUCGGUGCACCUGCAGAACAGCACCAGCUCGCUGCAUGUGGAAAAUUCUGAUGAGGUCUGGAUGUCACGGAUGCGUGAGAUCCAGGGAGCCAUCCUGGUGUCAUCACUGCUGCAGAUCGCCCUGGGUUUUUCUGGCCUGGUGGGCCUCGUGCUGAAAUACAUCGGCCCGCUGGCUAUCGCUCCCACCAUCAACCUCAUCGGCUUGUCACUGUUCAUCGAGGCUGGGAAGAAGUCUGGAGGUCACUGGGGAAUAUCUGCUCUCACAGUCUGUCUGAUCCUCCUCUUCUCUCAGUACCUCAGCAAAGUCAAUGUACCAAUGAUUGCCUACAAGGAUAAGAAGUGGAAGGUUUUCCAGUAUCCCCUCUUCAAGCUCUUCUCCGCUUUGUUCGGGAUGUGCGGCGCCUGGCUGGUCUGCUUCUUACUGACCGUCUUUGAUGUCUUCCCUUCAAAGUCCGAUGAGUACGGCUUCUCAGCCAGGACUGACAUCAGCCUGGACGCUGUGGCAAACUCCCCCUGGUUCCACGUGCCAUACCCAGGUCAGUGGGGUGUCCCCACAGUGAGCGUGUCUUCAGUUCUGGGUAUGAUGGCAGGCGUCUUGGCAUCGACCAUGGAAUCAAUCGGGGACUACUACGCUUGUGCUCGCCUGUCUGGCGCUCCUCCUCCACCGACUCAUGCCAUAAAUCGAGGUAUCGCAGUAGAGGGCAUCGGCUGCAUCCUGGCUGCACUGUGGGGAACUGGAAACGGCACCACCUCCUACAGCCAGAACAUUGCUGCACUGGGCAUCACCAAGGUUGGCAGCCGACUGGUUCUCCAGACGACCGGUGUUCUUAUGAUGGUCCUGGGGAUCUUUGGGAAGUUUGGAGCAGUAUUUAUCACCAUCCCAGACCCGGUCAUUGGGGGCAUGUUCCUCGUUAUGUUUGGAAUGAUUGCAGCAGUGGGGAUAUCCAACCUCCAGUAUGUGGACCUCAACUCGUCCCGUAACCUCCUCAUCCUCGGCUUCUCCACCUUCAGCGGUCUCGUGUUGCCUACGUGGUUUCACUCCAAUCCUGGCAUCAUUGACACAGGAAUUAAAGAGCUGGACCAAGUGAUCGUCGUGCUCUUCACCACACACAUGUUCAUCGGAGGAUUUUUUGGGUUUAUCCUGGACAACACCAUCCCAGGCACUGACAAAGAGCGGGGAAUCAAAAGCUGGAGGGACAAGGUGCAACAGGGAAACAAAACCAUGUGUGACCUGUCGUGCUAUGACAUCCCCUUCUGCAGCGGUGCUUUGAAACGGUUUAGGUGUUUCCAGUAUCUGCCCUGCCUCCCUUCUUACAAGACCACCCAACAGGGUACAUCCAAUUAAUGAAGUGUUAACUUUAAGAGCAGCACUGAUGCUCAUCUAUUAGUCUUAAAAAGCCAAACACUGGUCGAGGUUCUGGUACAACCCGGAUCCAAAACAGGUGCGAUGCUGUGAAAAACAAAAGUAAAAACAGAAUACAUGGAUUUGCAAAUCCUUUUCUAAAUAUAUUCAGUUGAACUCAGUACAAAGAUAUUUUAUAUUUAAACUGAUCAACUUUGUUUUUUGUAAAUCUCAUUCUGAAUUUGAUGCUGAAUUUGUGUUCCUGGAAGAGUUAUGAAAUAAGAAAACUGUUUUCCAGGCCUGGGAAUGGUUUGGAAUUAUUGGAAUGCUUUGGAAAAAGUUUUAAAUAUCCUUUUUUUAUUUAAAAUAAAAAAUAUUUGCUAAUUUGCUUUCAGUAACAUGUACUGUUGUAAUAAUCAUAUAAAUCCAUAGUCAUUGAAAAAAAUAACAAAUCCACUUGUUCAGAAGAAUAAACAAUAAAAUAAUAUAUGUCAUUGUAACAUAAUAACAAAAUGUACAUAUUAACUUUCUAAUUGAGCGAGUGAUGCACAGAUUUUGAAAUUAUGGGCUGAUACUGAUACCAGUGUAUAAAAUAACAAUAAUAGCCGAUACCAAUGUUUUUAUAUUUGUGUUUCUUUUGAUUGUUGUUGUUAUUUAUUCUUCUUUUGUUUCCAGUGAAACACUACACUAUAAAAAAAAAACUAAAUUAACAUUUUUACAGUCAUUCAGUGCUUCAUUACACUUCACACCUUUUAAUGAGCACAAAUUCAAUAAUACACAUUUAUGAAACAACCUUGAACAUAACCUUCUGUCACAUGAAAAACAUCUUUAGGAAAAUUAGCAAACAGCCUUUUACUACACAUAAUACACCAUACAUGUACUGUACCAUACAUGAUAAAGUUUAUCAGUUUGAACAUUAAAUAUUUUGUCUCUGUACUGUAUUUAAUUGAAUAUUGGUUGAAAAAAGAUUGGCAAAUCAACAGCGUCCCAACCUUUCUGGAAUCAGUGUUGUAAAUAAAUCUAAACCUUAUAUCUUCUUUAGGACUCCUAUUUCAAUACGUUUGUCAGUAAAACACUGAUUUCAAAUUUAUAUGAUUUAAUUUCUACAACAAAGUUAAAGCACUGUGUCUCCUUACAGUUGGAAUCCUCUUCACGUCAUUUCUAGGUUAAGCAAACAUUCGUAGUGCCUGAAGAGCAGCAUGAUACACUUCAGACCUUUCAAAGGCAUUAAUUAGACACUCCCUUAAUGUGUGAAAGAGAUUUUAAAGACAAAAUAUUUUAAAUUGAAGAAGAAGAAAAAAGUAUUUCUUUAAAACAUCUCUUAGGUGCAAAGAUUUUUUCAGACUUUCAGCAUGCACAAAAUCACAAAUGUUUCACUCAACAGCCGAUUGACACUAAAUAUAUUGAUAAAUGCUCAAUAAACUGAAGCUCUGUUCCAGUUUAGACCCAAAGUGUGUAUCAGGGUAUAAAGACUGAGUAAGUAUUUUAUAGAUGUGUCAUGAAGCUGCACAGAAGCCACUGUUCACAGACGUGUUGUAACUCAUUACUACCUCAUUAAAAACAGUAACUCACAGAAACAGAUAAUUAAUGGAAGGCUUUUUCAUUAAAAAUAUGUAUAUUAUGUGACGUCUGUUUUAAUUAACAUUAUUAAGGUUACUGCUUUAGGGGCCGUACACAUGCCUCGUCUUUGAUUGCCUAGAAAACGUGAGGUCAGGCACUGGGUGCUACUGUUGUGCCUGUUCUGUGCCAGCUUUCAAGAGCGUGGUAGCAGGUUGCAUCUGAGGUUGCUAAGCAACCUCAAGAAGCACCAUAUCAUAGCCAAUUUGCCUGAAAUCCUGAGUCCAGAGCUGAUCUUCUUCCAGGUGCUGUUUGCUGGUAUAUAGACUGCACUUGUAUAACCCCUUUCUAGUCUUCCGACCACUUAAAGUGCUUCAAUAUUACGUCACAUUCACCCAUUCACACACUGGUGGCCGAGGUUACCAUACAAGGUGCCACCUCUUACCAAGUUUUGUAACCCAUUCACACAGAUGAAACAGCCAUCAGGAGCAUUUUGGGGUUCAGUAUACUUUGACAUGCAGGCUUUGGAUGGAACCGCUCAGCUUCAGAUUAGUGAACGACCCACUCAACCUCUGAGCCACAGUCAGUACGUUCACAUGGACAGUUUAAUUCCACUUUCAUUUGGAAUUAAAGGCCAUUCCGAUUAAAAGUGGUCAUGUAAACGGUCAUUCCGAUUGAAAUUAAAUCCGAUUAAAGGGGGUGGUUUAUUCCGUUUGUCAUUCCGAAUGAAAGAAUUCUGUGUGCAUGUAUACACUCAUUCCUCUUUAAGUUCAUUCCGAUCUUUCUGCGCAUGCUCAUUUCCUUGCCCUUCUGGCGCGACGACGUAUAUAGCGCGCAUAGCAACGGGCUGAUAUAGAGCAGUAGGACUCCUUGCACUCACCGGUUUCCAUACGCCAAAACAUGUUCUUCUAUCUCCCGUCUUCGACCUUCUCCUCCUCAACAGACGGAGCAUUAGCAGAACAAGGUUGUUGUCGUACUGCUGCUUCAAGAAUAUAAGCAGAACAAGCCCGAUAAAGGCGCUAAGAAUAUUUAAUUCCGAAUGAUUUGAUUCAGAUUUAUUUCAUUCUGAAUGAGAAGCCAUCAUGUAACCAUAGCCAGUGUGUGGGCCUGUUGUCCAUGGUUCAAAUGUAAAGCUCUGACAGCUAUGCACUAAAAAGAUAAAUUUUUCCUCCAUAUUUAUCACCCUCCAUUUAGUGAUGAAGGGAAAAGUAUCAGUCUGCUUUGAUUGGUCGUUCCUCGUCACAUGACAUGCAGCACACGCUGCAUUCCAAAAGUUGUGCUCUGUUUAUAUCACGGCACAGCCGUCAUGCCCCAACACUCAGGAACUCGUGCGCUCUGCAUUGGCAUCGCUCUGGCAUUUGAGUGCACCUAUUGUGCAUCUUCAUUGACAACACUGAAUUUAAGUGCGCUAAAAACGCAGCAUGUGUACGACCCCUUAUACAUUUAAUUGUGUGUUUUGUCACUGUACAGAAGUACAUUUUUAAUUUUUACACAUGGUUUACGUUGAAGAAUAUCAAUGCAAUUUUACUAAUUUUUGUACUAUAAUGUUCAAUCAGUGCUAAAGUGUGAACGGUUGUUGUUAAAUAAAUACUGACGUUAAUAUAGACUUUCAUCAUGUUUCAUAAAAUUAUUUCAACUUGAUAGAUUAGAUUAGAUUUAGGUUUGUUUUUGGCAAGUAUUUAUCUGAACAGGUUUCUCUGAUUCUGUGUUUGCACUCUUUGAUUUGAGAAUGAAAACGCUACAAAACCAUAACAUUUUAAGAGCAAGUUUAUAUCUUGUAACAUUUAUUGAGCUCUUUGAGUUUGAAACAAAGACAAUUCAUUCCCCUGUGAAUAUAAAGCAAAAAUUAAAUACUGAAUACUGAAUGUGAUGUCUCAAGAAUGCCUUGAGGGAAUUUCUUCAAACGUGGCACAAACGCCCUGCUGGACUCGAUGAAGCGAUCAGAUUUUGGUCAUCAAAGGUCAAGGUGAUUGAUGGAUUUGAUCUCUAUCAACAACCCAACUCUGUAGACAUCCCCGUCUACCUGAGCUCCUUCACAGGCGAGCACACCUUGUUGCUUUGUACCCGACACACCCAGUGAAAUCAUUCAUCCAAAAGAUAAAUGGACAAAUUGUUGUAAUUAUGCCAUUAUCUUUAUAGAACAUGAUUACACUUUGUACCAUUGAACCACCAUGAAUAUAAAUGCUGAGGAAUAAAAGUGAAUGGAGGGAGUGUGUCAACAGAAAAUAUGCUUUGUCAUCCGCUUGAGAUAAAUCCAAAUCCAUUCUGUAAGUCAUGAUAUCACCAAGAAUGUGAGCAUCAUUCCAGACUUUGCUUUCUCAUUCGUCUAUGUGCAGCCUUUUUAAAAAAAAACAACUU